UUCUUUUUUUUUCUUCUUAAUAAAUACACACAAUAAUUAUUUUAUAAAAAACGAUGUCUGAUUCCUAUAGUAGAGACGAUACACCUCCUGAGCCAUCGAGAGCCAGUUCAACUUUUUCGGUGCGAUCUAUACAAUCAAAAAGAGAGCCAUCACCUUCUGAAUCACAGCGAUCGAGAGUCUCCAAACGAGAAGAGUCGUCCAAAAGACGACCAAAGGAAGAAGGCAUUGAUCUCCAAACACAACCAAGUUCCCAAGUGCCCACCACAAGACGUGCCAACUACACCCAUUCUGCCCAUGCGAAAUUCGUGCAAAAGCAGAAAUGGGGUCCCUUGUCUACAGAAACCAUGUUAGACGUCAAAAAUAUCUUGGCCGAUGCUUAUGAAAAUACAUUGAAUGCGAUACCAGGCUCCUCCCAAGAUAAUUUGGACAGGAGACACAGGGAACAUUUGAUCUUGUGUGCUAGAAGUAUCAAUAAAGCCAUCAAGCGCUUGUCAGUACCUGGUGAGGUCGAUCCUAGCUUAUUGGAUCCCACCACGCAUGAGCUCAAGAUUCAACAUAGGAAGGAGUACAAGGAAAAGAAAUUGAUGAUGGGAAAAGCCAUUUUGCAGCAGGAACGAUAUGAGCAGAAUCUGCGGCAAAAGGUGGAACAGCUUGAGCAAUUACGAGAAAAAGUACAACAAGAAAAACAGGAAUCGAUGGGGCAACUGCUAAAGACAGACGUCAAUCAAGAUUACUUUCAAAGCCUAUUAAGAAAUCCUAACGGAUCCACAAAUAGGAACUCCUUCAUGUAACCCACAAUGUGACAUCAUAUCAAAAAUAAAUAAACCUGGAUUCUCUCUACUCUCUCUCUUUCUC